AUGGCUUCAGCCGGAAAACCAGCUUCUUCUGCUUCUUUAAAGAGAACUUGUUCGACUACAAGUGAAGGCGACGAGCUUAUUAUAACGCCUCUAGGGGCGGGAAAUGAAGUGGGCCGCUCCUGUGUUUACAUGUCCUAUAAGGGGAAAACUCUGUUGUUUGAUUGUGGUAUUCAUCCAGCAUUCUCUGGCAUGGCCGCAUUGCCCUACUUUGACGAAAUUGAUCCUUCAGCUAUAGAUCUACUUCUUGUUACUCACUUUCACUUGGACCAUGCUGCUUCUCUUCCAUAUUUUCUGGAGAAGACGACAUUCAGGGGACGAGUUUUUAUGACUCAUGCAACUAAAGCCAUUUACAAGUUGCUUCUAUCGGAUUAUGUCAAAGUUAGCAAGGUCUCAGUUGAGGAUAUGCUAUAUGAUGAACAAGACAUACUUCGCUCCAUGGAAAGAAUUGAGGUGAUUGACUUCCACCAAACCGUAGACGUGGAUGGGGUGCGUUUCUGGUGCUACACGGCUGGCCAUGUCCUGGGCGCAGCCAUGUUCAUGGUGGACAUUGCAGGCGUCCGUGUCCUCUACACGGGGGAUUACUCGCGCGAGGAGGACCGCCACCUACGCGCGGCCGAGCUUCCCCCCUUUUCCCCCGACAUCUGCAUCAUCGAGUCCACAUACGGCGUCCAGAACCACCAGCCCCGCCACGUGCGCGAGAAGCUCUUCACGGACGUCGUCCAUUCCACAGUGGCUGGCGGCGGCCGCGUCCUCAUCCCUGCCUUCGCCCUCGGUCGUGCCCAGGAGCUCCUCCUCAUCCUGGACGAGUACUGGUCCGCCCACCCGGACCUCCACAACGUCCCCAUCUACUAUGCCUCCCCACUCGCCAAGCGCUGCAUGUCCGUCUACCAGACCUACAUCAACUCCAUGAACGACCGCAUCCGAUCCCAGUUUGCCUCCUCCAACCCAUUCGACUUCCGACACAUCUCCCCUCUCAAGUCCCUCGACGAGUUCCGCGACGUGGGCCCCGCCGUAGUCAUGGCCUCCCCCGGUGGCCUCCAGAGCGGCCUCUCCCGACAGCUCUUCGACCGCUGGUGCUCCGACCGCCGCAACGCGUGCGUCAUCCCAGGCUACGUCGUCGAGGGCACCCCUGCCAAGGCCAUUAUCAGCGAGCCCAAGGAGGUGACCCUCGCCAGCGGCCUCACGGCACCUCUCCACAUGCGGGUUCACUACAUUUCCUUCUCCGCACACGCCGACUACUCCCAGACGAGCACUUUCCUCAAAGAGCUUGCCCCGCCUAACAUCAUCCUUGUCCAUGGGGAGGCCAACGAGAUGGGCCGCCUCAAGCAGAAGCUCGCGUCGGCAGUCUUUGCCGAUGGAAACACCCGGAUCAUAACCCCGAAGAACUGCCAGUCGGUCGAGAUGCGGUUCAACUCCCAGAAGAUGGCGAAAGCCAUCGGGAGGAUGGCGGGCCAGGGCGCGCCGGCCCCGGGGGAGGCUGUGAGCGGCCUUCUCGUGAAGAAGGGUUUUACGUACCAAAUCAUGGCGCCCGAGGACCUGCACGUGUUUUCACGGCUCUCAACGGGGAGCGUCGUGCAGAGGAUCACGAUCCCGUAUUCAGGGGCGUUCUCGGUGAUCGAGCACCGGCUGCGGCAGAUUUACGAAGGGGUGGAGCCGGAGGUGAGUGACGAGGGGGUCGAAGGGCUGAGGGUACACGGGCGGGUGACUGUGAGGCGGGAGUCGGAGGGCCACAUCUCCCUGCAGUGGGCGGCCGAUCCCAUCAGCGACAUGGUGUCGGAUUCGGUGGUGGCACUCGUGCUGAACGCGGGUCGGGAGCUGCCCAAGGUGGUGGACGAGUCCGAGAGGGGAGAAGAGGAGGCGGCCAAGAAGGCGGACAAGAUUGUUCAUGCGCUCCUCGUGUCCUUGUUUGGGGAUGUGAAGUACGAGGAGGAGGGGAAGCUGUUGAUAAAUGUGGAUGGGAACGUGGCGCGUCUCGAUAAGGGAAGCGGGGAAGUCGAGAGUGAGAAUGAGGGGCUUAAGGAACGGGUCCGGACGGCGUUUAGGAGGAUUACGAGUGCCGUGAAGCCAAUACCUCUUCACGGAUCUUGA